AUGCCAUUGGAGAACCUGAAGUUGUCAUCCCAACUAGAACUAGCCAUUCUAGUGAGGACAACGACCGUCCUGAACCUGCUGUUACACAGCAAUCUAUCUAUUUCUCUACUUGACCUUUUCCUCAACUACUACAUGAUUUUCAAUGAAACCUUCAAGGAAUAUAAUACAGAAUCCCGCGUCAUCUGGCUCUACAAACACUCCUUAACAUGGAGCACCAAUUGCACCCUCCAACCAUCCCUUCAGGUGAGCUGUGAUGCCAAUGGCGGCCGGGUGACCGGAACAUUUAUUUCUCCCAUUAGUGAAGGACGCACAUUCAAUGACACACGGACACUACUGUCUGACCUACUGAAUGGAUACACGGCGGACGUGCGGCCGGUGUUCGACCAGGCCGCCCCACUCCACGUUAACAUGAGUAUGGACCUUGGCGCCAUCCAGGACUUAGACGAAGUACAGGAGAAAAUCACUAUAGUUACGGUGCUAUAUAUGAUGUGGCUGGACGCGGGACUCACGUGGGACCCCGCGCUCUAUAAUGGCAUAAGGGAGAUUACGAUUCCUUCAAACAGUGUCUGGACACCUCAGGUUAUCUUGGUUAGUUCCAUUGGCCCUCUUAAACCGAUAGGCUCGGACCAAGGCUGGCUGACGGUCAGGUACAGCCAUGACGGCAGCGCCUUCUGGAGCCCCGGGGACGGGGUUGUCUCCAGAUGCAUACUCGACGUAACUUUGUUUCCUUUUGAUACGCAAUCCUGCGAGUUUAAGUUCAUUCCCUGGGGGCAGCUUGCGCGAGAGGUGAUGCUCAAACAAAUGGAAGACAAGGUUCUGACCACGUUCUACGAGGAGAACGGCCAGUGGGAAAUAGUGUCCUCCCACGUGUCGUCCGGCGAUACCGCGGGGGGCUUCUUCUCUCAUUUCACUGUAACGAUUGAUCUGAGACGGCGUCCAAAGUUCUUCUUUGCAAACUUCAUGCUGCCGGUUGUCGUCAUUAACCUGUUAAGCAUUUUCGUAUUCUGCAUUCCUGUUCAGUCGGGUGAGAGAAUAUCUUUUACAAUCACUGUUCUUCUGUCCGUGGCUGUGUUUAUGAAUAUUGUUGUUGCUAAUUUGCCUCGAAAUUCGAAAAACAUGGCUCUGGUUUGCUACUUGUUGUUGGCUAAUGUGUGUAUCUGCGCUUUGGUGGUCCUGCAAACUAUUUUGAGUUUGUCUAUAUACUACAGGAGCACACGAGUGCCACGCUGUGUUGCCGUUCUGACAAGGAAAUUGAUAUCUGUUCGAGCUCAGACCAAAGCGUUAUUUAAAAAGAGUAGCAAGCAUGGUCUGCAUCUGGAAGAAAAGGAAAAUGUUAAACCAAGCAAUAUGGACGGGAGUGUCGAAUGCAAAUCCAUCGGCGAAACGUCUGGAAGUGUGACGUCGAGUAACGGCAUUACGUGGAAUGACGUCAGCAAGGCCACGGAUCGCGUGCUCUUUUGGUUGUCAUUAGCCUGGUUUACUACCACAGCACUUCUAUACAUGGGAUUUGUUCUGUACCAUUAUACAGAUUCCUUUACGAACUAA